AUGUACAUGCAUGUAUCUGUAAUAGGUUAGUUGUAGGGGAUCUAGAAGAUAAGGAAUACGGGUUAUAAUAUCGUAUAGAGCGGAUGGUAUCCCUCUAGUCUAUCUAACAUUAAAACAUUCAUAUUAGAAAAAAAAACUUUGUAAUAUUCGUAUAAAGCUGAUAAUAUUUCUGUAAUGUGAAGUAAACAAUGGAAGGCGGACACUAGAUGGUCGUAAUCAUUCCUCUGGACUUCUAGUCUACCCAUAAGAGGCAGAAAUGGAUCAACAAAAUAAAGAUUGCACAUAUGAAUCAAAAUCGAAUCUCGCUGUCAAGCGGAAGCGACUUCAUUUCAUUGUGGGACCUAUAGUGCUUUUGCACUGUUUCGCAUUGGCAUUAUCUUUAGCAGUAACCGCAUUAUAUGCACCGUACAUCAUCUCCAAAACACUUUAUCCCCACCGUAAAUUGGAGUCAUCGACUGGAUCUAUAUGCGAUACCAACCACUCGUCGACAACAUCCAAAGAGAGUACAGUCAUUCAAAAACAAGCUGCGUCAUUUUCAAUUUAUACGUCACUGCUGACCUCACUUCCGGCCGCGUUUUCUUCUGUAAUUCUUGGAACCCUCAGUGAUCAGCUUGGUCGGAAGUUUAGUUUUCUCAUUUCCUUCACUGCUCAAUUGUUAAGUAAAGGACUCAUGGCUACCUUUAUUUAUCUGGAAACUAAUGUUUAUUUACUUCUGAUCGGGAGCGCAAUCGAGGGCCUGGCUGGGGGUUUCCUCUUUGUCCUUCAGGCUUCGUUUGCAUACAUUGCAGAUAUUACAAAGGAUGACAAGGAACGAUCAGUAUUCAUUACUCUGAUUGAAAUGUGCUUAGGGGUAGGAGUGGUACUCGGCAAGGUUACCGCCGGAUAUUUCAUCAAAGCUACCCACUACUUCUACCCCAUGCUCACUGUCGCUUGCAUAUUUUGUCUUUUAAACCUUGUGGUCCUAUUCAUUUUACCAGAGACCCAAGAACGAAAAAAGGAUAAAAAUUCACAUAAUUUCUCUUUUCUCCUCAAGUACACCAAAAAUGCCUUUUCCUUUUAUGUUUCCAAGAACGACGAAGGAACACGAUGGAAAUACGUCACCUUUCUUGUAAUAAUUGGUUUUUAUACUCUGACUAUGACCGGCGAUACUUCCGUUUUGACCCUAUAUCAAAUUAGUCAACCAUUUUGUUGGGGUUCGGUAAAAGUUGGUUGGUACGGUACCGUCAAGAAUUUUCUUCAGAGCAUCUUGUGUUUGGCAAUGAUCAAGGUUUUUCAUAGGUGUAUGAAGGACGAAGGAGUAGCAAUACUUGGAUCCGCCUCGGCAGUUUUCUACUGUUUGAUCACUGCACUCGCUAGAAAUGACGUCAUGAUGUAUACAGCUCCGAUAGUAGGCUUUGGUGCAAUUCUACCGUUCCCGAUGAUCCGCGCCAUAAUGUCGAGAAUGACCUCUAAACACAAGCAAGGUUCGCUAUUUGGCGGAUUGAGUGCGGUAGAAAUCCUGGGUAAUUUAGCAGGAAACGCCCUCUUUAAUACAGUUUACUCCCACACCGUGGAUUUGUAUAAGGGAGCUGUGUACUUUGUCAUGUUUGCGUGUGCACUGAUUUCACUGGUAAUGCUGAGUGUAACAGCUUUCAUGUCGAAAAGGACCACUGUUUCUGUGUACGAAUUAGAAAUAAAACAAGACGAGAAGAAAAACGGAAUUUACACCUCAUCCGAGUCAGGAUCUACUCAAUCAAGUUACAUGUAAUUUGUUUUAAUUGUUCCAUAAUAAAAGUAAACAUACACCAG